AUUCUCUUACUUCGACACAGCUUGUAGUCAGAAUAGCUUCACUCGGAACGAUGGCCCCAAGUUUAGACUCAGAUUCUAUAGUCUUGAGCAUCAGAUCUGAUUUCAGACAAGGACGAUUUAUAAGGCAGUCGAAGAGCGACCUGUACAGAAAUGACAUCUGCAGCAGUCCUGAUAACCAGUACAGAGUCCCAGAUUUCCAGCACCGUUACCCGAAGGCCCGACUCAACCCCUUGGCUGCCCAGUGCGAGGACAUUAUCAAUGACUGGAUCGUUUCUUUGAGCAUAGAUAAGGAGCUGGGUCCAAGUAUGUGGCAAUCGUGUAUGGCGGCCAAAUUCUCUGAGUAUAUCGGCUUUGUCUAUGACGAUAUAGAGCCCAACGAUUUCCUUUGGCUCUGCAAAUGGAUUCAAUGCUUCUUUGCUCUCGAUAGCAAGCUGGAUGACGGUGAAUGGGCAGACCGGAUAGAUUGGUCGUGUGAUGUAAUUUUAGAUAUGAAUUUGGUUCUCUUGUGGAAUGACCCUGACAACGAGCGAUUACUGGAAGGCUUGAAAUCCAUUCUGGAUACGUUUAUGGAGACUGAGGCUUCCAGAAAACGCGCGCAGCUCCACACAAUUCAUGCAGAUCUGGUGCAUGCCAGGAACAAAACGAAAUCACAAAAAUUUUUGUUUGUGAUUUGGACAAAAAAUCUCUUCCGAUUAUGACCUGUCUUCUGUUAACGUCAACUACUGAUUUGUCCAAUGAAUUGUUUUGUCAUGCUGGAACUGAUGGCCACGGUCAAUGUGAUAUAAGCCCUGCGGAGAGUAAGUUGGAUGUUAGAAGGAAUCAUACCGUCAGACUAGCCAUGAGGGCCUGAGCUUCGAGAUAAUCCACCUCAGAAUUAGGAUUCAUAAAUAGGCUGCGAGUCAGGUUGAAUUAAAUUUGAGAUGAAGCUGUGUGAUGAAGCCGACUAACUAUUGCUCCAAAUCUCGCAGUUCUCGAUGUCAAUUUGGGAGCGUUCAUGUCGGGAUUUCGAGAGCUGUGGCUGGAAUAUAUCGAAGAUCUGCCUGUUGAGUGUAUGUCGAGAGAGGCUGAGGCAUUUCAACAGUACAUCACGGGCUGUCUCUCAGAAGUAAUAGGUCGAAUGAAAGGAACAAAGCUCAGUGUGUCUGAUUACAUCAGCCUUCGACGACAAGCCGGAGGAGUGUGGGCGUUAAUUGUUUUCUCAGAUCGGAUGAUUGAGCAUAAAAGAAGGAAAUCUCCAAUUUCCCAUCUUCCCGACAGCUUGUUCUACGGAGAAGAUAUGCAGAAUAUGCUGGCCGCUAUUACUGACAUCGUAUGUUGGCAUAAUGACAUUUUCGGUUUCCAGAAGGAACUAUUGUACAAUGACCAUAAGAGCACUUUGGUAUAUCUCGUAUUUCAUGAAUACAACUGCCAAUCUUACACACAAGCAGGAGAGCUUGUAGUCGAACUAGUGCACGACAGAAUCGCUGAAAUGGAACUUGCGUAUGAACGGCUGAGAUCUGCAGCCGCUCCUGAGUUUCAUCCCGCAAUUGACCUGUACAUGAAAAAUUGUCGAGGUUGGAUUCCUGGAACGCACCAAUAUCACAUGAUUUCCUCGCGAUACAAUGUGUCCAAUUCCUCUAUUCAGAUACAGGAAAUUCUAAAAAGGUAGAACACAUCAUCAAGCGUCAGUAAAUAUAUGUAGAGGCUCGGUGACAGUGGACACGUAUGCUUUGUCUACAAUCUGCCCGUUCUUUUGAAGCAACGCUGAACAAGUACAUUAGUUGACGUUGCUGGAGCCGUGGAUGAGAUAUUUGUCUUACAGCCAGUUUAAGGAGGAAGAGUAUUACUGCAAACUUCCAGAUGAGUGCAUCGACAGAACCUUGCGUUGCCUUCAAACACAACAGGAAUCAACGUGAUUUAAAAUCACAUCCUAGGCCUUCCAUUAUGCCCAGUAUGUUCAACGGCUUUUUAACAAUACAAAGACUAUAC